AUGGCUGCUUAUUCUUUUGGAACAUCUCAACAAAGACCACCCCCAAAAGUCGAAUCCGCUCCUGGAGUAGGGAACUACAACCCUGAUAGAUAUCCCCAUCAAAGGCCUCCUUCUUGGAAAAUUGGAACUGCCAAUCGAAUAGGCUAGUAAAUAGCAUAUCAACCUGGACCAGGCUAGUAUGAUGAACUUUAAAAAGCAAUCAAAAGGAAAAAGCCUGAAUUCUCAAUGGGAGCUAAAUUUUAAAAUCACACAGAAGUGGGCAAGGGAAUCACUCCUGGACCUGGUGCAUACAACCCGAAUUUUAAACCUUUGCAAAAGUGUGCUUCCAGUUAUAGCAUGAGGAACAAACCACUAUUAGGAGGAAUCGAUGACAAUCUAAGAGAACUCAAAAAUGGUCCUGGUCCUGCAGCAUACGAAACCAACUAUUCCACCAUUCUCAGCAGACCUGCUUCCAGAAUUGGCAAUCAAAAUAGAGGAGGCUUCUAUGAUACCAAACCCUUUAUUCCUGGAGUUGGUAAGUAUAAUAUGCGUCCUGCAACAUCGGGACCUUAUCAUAGAUUUGGAAAUGCCAUAAGGGAUUCUACAUUCACAGAAAGAGUCCAAACUCCAGGACCUGGAUAAUAUAUGCAUCAAUCUCAUCUGAAUCUCAAAGCUACUACUAUCAGUUCAAAGCGAAUGCCUACUGCAGCCGAUUCUGCUCCUGGUCCUGGACAUUAUGAUCCUUCAACUGAUUUCACCAAACGUUCAGUCCCUGGUGGAAGAGUGGGAACUGCCAAACAAAGAUAAGUCUUUGAUGCACAUUACACUCCAGGACCUGGACAUUAUUAGUCUUAGAGUGCAACCAAGAGAAGACCUCCCAGCCAUAAAAUUGGAUCAGAGUAGAGAAGGCUUGUCAAUUAACAAGAAGUUCCAGGUCCUGGAACCUAUGACAUCAGCAGAGAUGGAGGAAGCAAAGGAUAUACUCUUAGACCAAAAUACACUGAUAGAUUACCAGAUGGAACUCCAGGUCCCUUGGAUUACUAUCCAAAUGUCUCAUAAACCAAAUCCAGACCUAUGUCUUGCAGAGUUGGCACUGAAGCUAGAGAGAAAAGCAAACUCAACGAUAAUCCUGCUCCUAAUCAUUAUCAACUCAAUUAAACCAAUCCAGGACCAAAAUUCCCAUUCGGAUCGGAAUCAAGAGUGACUGAUAGAAAUGAUGUUGGACCAGGACCUGGGUAAUAUAACAUUCCACCUUAUUUUGCAAAUGUACCCAAUUACCUCAUCCCAAAUAAAAGUCAUUUAGAUUUGUGAUAUAUAUCUAUUAUAUAUGUAAUAUC